AUGUAUGACGUACCGUUCCCAUCCAGGGUGUCCAGUGAGGCGGACGGGUACCGCCUGCACAUUUCUGGUUAUUCUGGUACCGCGGGAGAUUCCAUGGCUUACAACAACGGGCAGAGGUUCUCCACUGUGGACAGGGACAAUGAUGUCAGCAGCGGCCAUUGUUCUCAGCAGUACGGACAGGUCGGCUGGUGGUUUAGGCACUGCGGCUACUCCUACCUCAACGGCCGCUACCUGGACAACUGUGGGUACUUCUGUCCAUCCGUGCAAGGUGUGGUGUGGUACGGCUGGAGAGGCUAUUAUUACUCCCUGAAGUCAGUGUCUAUGAAAAUCAGGCCAUAA